AUGGAGCUCGACCAGCUCGCCACGAACGCCUAUGGCGUCGCCGCCCAGGUCGCGGACCUGGACAGCUUCUUGCUGAAGAGUUUCGAGGAAGGCUUCUUCCCUGCAGGUGAGGUCGAGGUUGCCGAGGAGACGGCGAAAGCGAACUUCUUCGCAUGUGGCGUCAAGCAGGGCGACGACAGAGUGCUGGAGGAGCUGCAUGGUAACGGGUACCGCUUCGGAAUGAAGUGUGCUGCGGGGAAGCGCUACAAGACAUGGUUGAAGAACCGCGCUGAGGAAGAGAAGGAAUACGACGAGAAGACCGAUGCCGAGCAGAAGAAGUACAGGGAGAAAUGGGGGGCAUAUCGCUACGGGGAGCACGUCGGGCACCGUUCCAAAGUCACGGGCCGCAGCCAGAAGAAGCGGCAGGAGUUCGAGUACGAGGAGAAGAGCAGGCUCAAUGAGAUGGGCGAGACCUGGGAGCAUCGCGAAGAGGAGCACGCGCCCAAGAAGCGGAUCAAGCAUGAGAGUGGCAGCAGUGGUAGCGGCGCGAGCGGGGGCAACCAGCGGCCUCCUGCGGCCGCGGCAGCUGGCGGCCAGCCUGGCGCCGAGGCGACCCCAGGCGGCCAG